AUUACAGUACAAGCAUUCAAAAUGACUAGACGCGUUUGCACCAUACUAAUCGUUUUAUUUUAUAUAUUAACGACGGUUACGUCGUAUCAUCUAAGAAGACAGAAAAGGAUUGUUGGUGGUCGUGCAGCUGCACCACCCCCUGUAGAUGAUCCUGUUGUUUAUGUGACACAAAGUAAUCGACAAGCACGUAUUUAUGGUACUCGAGAUCCAAAUAAAGGAUUUUACGUUUUCCGGGGCAUUCGAUUUGGACGACCUCCAGUAGGUCUAAAUCGAUUUCAGAGACCUAUACCUCAGCAUUUAGAAGGGGAAAUUAAUGCUACGAAAUGGGGACCACCGUGCUCUCAGCCUGAUGUUAACGGCAAGAAAAUUAUCGGAAGCGAAGAUUGCCUCUUUUUGAACGUAUUCACGCCUAUGCUUCCAGAUGCCACCGAUGGAUAUCCCGUAUUAAUUUGGAUACAUGGCGGUGGUUUUAGAAGGGGUUCAGCUUGUCAAUAUGAAAUGAGAAACAUAAUUAAUAAAAAAUUAAUAGUUGUGUCAAUACAGUACAGAUUAGGUUCACUCGGAUUUCUAAGUUCCGGCACAAAGGAAUUACCGGGUAAUAAUGGUAUAUUUGACAUAAUGUUGGCGGUUAAAUGGGUGGAAGAUCACAUAGAGUAUUUUGGUGGAAAUCCAAAGAAAAUCGUAGCAUUUGGUCAUGGUACAGGAGCCAGUGCUGCUUUCAUGCUUGCACUAUCCAAAUUGUCCAAAAAUACUUUAAGCGGGUUGAUUGCCAUGUCAGGUUCUAUUUUAUCUCAUUUUGCAAUUGAUAAGAAUCCUUCAUCCACCGUACAAUACAUCGCCUCGACGAAUGGAUGCCCCACGAAUAAUACAAUUGAAAUGAUUCGUUGCCUUCAACAAAUACCAGUUAAUAGAUUGAUAGAAGUUGAUUCUAGCUUGGAAGCUAUACGUUCUACCAUCGAUGGCUUUCUAUCUGGUUUAUCGAACUUACUAAGCCCUGGUCCUGUAAUCGAAGGCAACGAUGACGAAAGAUUUCUUCCCAAUUUGAUCACCAAUACACCAGAGAAUUUUUUGCAAUUCGAAGAUUUUCCAUCUAUACCAUUGUUGAUGGGAGUUAUGAAUAACGAAGUAGGAGGGGCAGUGUUUGGAGAUUAUAGAACCGAAAUUGAAAAUAAAUUACGUACCGUUCCAGAUUUCUUAAAUAAAUAUCUUGUACCAACUCUACAAAAUACUAUCUCGAAUUUUGGAAAUAGAUCGCAUUUUAUAACGGAGUCUUUUAGCAGAUAUUUCAAUGUUUUUAAUACUGAAAAUAAUUCUGCUCAAAUCGCUAAAAUAGCAGAAGCUAUGGGAGAUACUUUAUACAACGUCCCCGCUUUCCUUACAGUUAAUUAUUGGGCUAAAAAGAGCGAGGCUUUUCUAUACAGUUUCGAUCAUAAUAGAAAACGAAAUUGCGGCAACAAUUUUUUAGCAGGAUUGCCUAUAGUUAAAGCAAGACAUGCGGAUGAUAUACCAAGUCACGGUGAUGACCUUGGAUAUAUUUUUAAGGAAAAUACUAUUACUGGGGAAUCAGUGCAAUGUGAUGAAGAAUCAAAUGAGGAAAAUGAACGAGUAGAGAAUAUUUUUACGAAUUUGAUAGCCGAAUUUGCUAGAAGCGGAACACCUAACAUAACGUUUUCAUCUCAAAGUGAUAGUUUACUUCCAAAUCUAUUUCCAAAAUUUUCUAGCAAAACCAAUCCAUUUAUAAGUAUUACAUCAACUCCUCGUAUAAUGAAACAGUUCAGAUACUGUGAAAUAGGAUUGUGGACUGGUCUUGCAGAACGACUGAAAUCGAAUACGUGUAAUUUUCUCAAAAAUACUAUAAAUAUUGUGGAACAUAAAGCUCAAAAAGUGAAAGACAUUGCUACAAAUCCUGUUAAAACUGGAGAUGGAAUUGCCGAUGUUAUGUCAAAUUUUACUGUUUCAAAAAACAAAAUAAAAGCCCCAAAAAUUGACGAUUUAAUGGAAAAUACAAAAUAUAAGACACCUAUAUCUCGAAGCAUGUUUCACUUAUAAUUUACAAAUAUAAUGUUGAAAUAUUACAUUUUGAAAUUAAAAUAUAUUUACGUAUGUUUGAUGUAUGAAAGAUAUAAAAUAACAAUACAUUUAUUUUGAAUUUAAAA